AACAGCAGUGGCUAUGAAGAAAUCAGGAGGAAAACCAAGUAGAAGAGAAAUCAAUCUCAGGCUUAUCAGAGAUGUUGAAUUUUCAAACCCUAAUGUAUGUUGCUGCCGGCCUUUCGGGUCAAAUUUCUUGAGCUGCAAAUUAAUUUUUGGUGUUUGUGAGCCUCCUUCUUCGCUGGACCCCAUCGUUGGCUUAAAUUUAUUGCGUCACUGCUGGCGAUGACUUUCGAGUCUUCUGCACAUGUCAAUUCCCCUCUCACGGUUACUUAUCUGGACCUAUUCAUUGUUAUUAAGCUUAUUUCCAUGGGAAUUUCUUUCUUUCUAUUGUGCAUGUGUGAGCGUGUAAAUUCGAUGUCUGUAAAAAAUGUAUUUUCGUUAGUCCGGUAGAAGACUGUUGUUUUUAUUCUGAUUGAAAUUAACCAUAUCUUUUCAUCUUAGACGCGGUUUUUUAUUUUAUUCUGUCUUCUUCUUGGGUAUGUCGUCCAUGGCCACACGUAGAAUCUAAGAAAGGAAAGGAAAGGAAAGACUUGGGAACCCAGAAUGAUCAAAGAAGUAUCUGUUUUUUCCUUUCACUAUCGGUUGUUCGGCUACGUCCAUAAUCCAUAGGAUUUCUGCUUGGCCAAUGUCCUGCUUUAUUUAGUGCUUUAAAGUAUGGAUUACGUUGGAAAUGGCCGGCAAGUUUCAAGCACCAUAAUUAGUCUUUUAUUGAAAUCUUGGUUCAUCUUCUUCUGGGUGUUGACUAUUCUCUGCAACUCCAAACAAGCUGCUGGAUACAACAGAUAUGGCGGUCGUAAUCUUGCAUCAGACAACCCCUCAGGUUUCAUUAGCAUCGACUGUGGAGCGGAUGAAGAUUAUAUAGAUAACGGCAUCUUGUAUAAAUCAGACCGAGACUUCGUAGAUACAGGAAUCAGCCGGCCAGUUACCGCUAACAACUCUGGAAAUCUUCGGGUACAGCUAAAAAAUGUGAGAAGUUUUCCUGAAGGGAGAAGGAAUUGUUAUGUCCUUAAGCCUGAAAAAGGAAAGGACAACACUUACUUGAUUCGAGCUUCGUUUCUAUAUGGAAAUUAUGAUAGAAAGAACACUACCCCUAUUUUUGAUUUAUACCUUGGGGCCAAUCUGUGGUGGACAGUGGAUUGGGACAACGGAUAUGUAGAGACCAUCUAUACCCCUUCCACAGAUUACAUUAAUGUCUGUCUUUUCAACACUAGCAAAGGGGUGCCUUACAUUUCAGCAUUGGAGUUGCGACCUCUAGAUAAUACCAUUUAUCGAACCACGGCCAAGGCACUCAUCACGAUGCAGCGUUCCGACAUUGGUGGCAGAUCGAUUUUAAGAUACCCGGCCGAUGUUUAUGAUCGAAUUUGGAACCCCCUGAACGUUGACCUACUGAAUUUCAGUGCCACAAACUCUAGCAUAAGCCAGGGAAAUAAUGAUGCGUACAAAAUACCAGAUACAUUGUUGAGAACUGCUGCAAAGGAACAGAAUGCCACUUGCUCCUUGAGCUAUUUCUCGGAUUCCCUACGUUCCAAUUCACAGUUUUAUGUUUACUUCCACUUUGCUGAGAUUGAAAAGCUUCAAGGGAAACAGAGGAGAUUGAAGAUUGAUUUGACUGGCCAACGAAGUGCAUCAACAAAUGCUACACUUGAUUAUUUGAAGCCCCUAUCUCUCAGUCUAAAUGCCAUGCCAGAUAGUGCAGGCCAACUGCAGUUUUCAAUUUCUGCUGCCAAAGGAUCAGACCUCCCUCCCAUACUGAAUGGCUUUGAGAUAUAUUCUGCAAAAGAGAUGCAAAAUGCAUCAACUGUUUCUGAAGAUGCCGAUGCUAUGAUGGGUGUCAAGCAAGCAUUCAGAUUGAUCAGAAACUGGGAAGGUGACCCAUGUUUUCCAAGUGAAUUAAUAUGGGCUGGUUUAACCUGCAGCAACAGUAAUGCAUCGAGUAUCCUCUCAAUAAACUUGAGCUCAAGCAACUUGACAGGAGAAAUUCCUGCUUCGAUCGCGAAUCUCCUAUCAAUAACAUCACUGGAUUUGUCCAAUAAUGAGUUAACAGGAUCGGUGCCAGAUUUCUUAGGAAAGUUGCCAAAUUUAAUAACCCUUAAUUUAACUAGGAACAAGUUCACAGGCUCAGUUCCUAAGGUUCUAUUGCAAAAGGCUGAAGCUGGAUCACUUACAUUAAGUGUGGGUGAAAAUCCAGAUCUUUGUGCAUCACUUAAAUGCUAUAGCAAGCUGAAGAAGUACUUGGCCCUUAUAAUCAUCUCCUGUAUAAUAGCUGUGCUCCUACCUAUCUUAAUGGUUGCUUUGGUAAUAUACAAAAGGAGAAAACAAAGAGAGAAUCUCAAAAGAUCGAUUGAAGAACGGUUACUUAAAUCGAAGAACCGCCAAGUUAGGUACUCUGAGAUACUUAUUAUCUCAGAUAACUUGAAAACAACUAUUGGAGAAGGAGGAUUUGGAAAAGUGUACUAUGGUGCAUUAAGUGAUAAAACCCAAGUUGCUAUCAAGCUUCUGUCUGCAUCUUCAAAACAAGGCCCCAAUGAAUUCAAAGCAGAGGCUCAAAUAUUAACCGUUGUUCAUCAUAGAAAUCUGGUUUCUCUCAUUGGUUACUGUGAUGAGGCCGAGCAUAAGGCGCUCGUUUACGAAUUCAUGUCUAAUGGAAAUCUACGCAAGCAUCUAUCCGAUCCAAACACAAAGGUCUUGAGUUGGAUGGAAAGACUCCAAAUUGCAGUUGAUGCAGCCCAAGGGUUGGAAUAUUUACACAAUGGUUGCAAGCCACCUAUAAUUCACAGAGAUAUGAAAACUUCAAAUAUCUUAUUGAAUGAAAGAAUGCAAGCAAAAAUAUCAGAUUUUGGACUCUCCAGGGUAUUUGCAAAUGAGAGUGAUACUCAUUUGUCCACCUGUCCUGCAGGCACUUUCGGAUAUGUUGACCCUACGAUUCAUUUAUCUGGAAACUUCACCAAGAAAAGUGACGUUUACAGUUUUGGAAUCAUCCUGUUUGAGUUGGUGACCGGGCGACCUGCCAUAAUCAAGGGCUCCGAGUACAACAUCCACAUUGUGGACUGGGCUAAGCCUUUCAUUGAAGAAGGCAAUAUCCAAGACAUUAUUGAUCCAAGGUUAGGAGGAUCCACAGAAAGUUGUUCCGUUGGAAAAUUUGUGGAGUUGGCUCUGUCGUGCACACGGUCAACUCCGGCUGAAAGGCCAGACAUGAAUCAUGUGGUGUCACAGCUCAUUGAAUGUUUGAAGAUGGUUCAGGAUGCCAUGCCACAAAUGCCACAGAUGCCACCGAAAAACAUUGAGGAGUUCUCUUAUAAUUCAAUUGGCUCUGAAUCAUUGUUCAGUCCUAGAUAAAAAUAAACCAUUCAUUAGAAGUUUCGUAUCUAUUUUCUUCCGAAACUUUUAAAAUUGUUUAAUAGAUCCCUGUUCAAUAGGUCUAUAAA